AUGCAACCCAAGACGAUCCAAGUGAGAACUCAAGCGCAACACACCUUGCGACCGUCGAGGUUCCCACGAGAAGUCCAUCCAAUGACGGACGUCUCGAAUCCCUUAAACCUUGGGUGCUGUUUCGUCUGCCCAGGUUCCUCGGCGAGGCUUGGGGAUGAAGAGAUGGUGGCGUUGAUGGGGUACAGAGGCGUGCUGCGAUGGCGUAUAUAUGUUCGUCAGGCGAGAGGACGGGCUCGUCGUCAUCCUUCAGACGGACUGCAAAGUCCACGAGAUCGCAAUAAUAAAUCAAGAGACCGUCUAGAUGCUGGAUAUGUACAUGCAGCGUCCAUCUCAUCCACGUGGUGA